AUGGGACAGGUCGCGAGUUAUGUCCAGAAUCGACGAGUUCGAAAUCGCAACAGAAAUCGUCGCGAUGUUGCAGCACAAGCUGAUCCAGAACAACAAUUGACUUAUUCUAACUCAAACGGUAAAAUUUUUAUGAGAGAAUAAUUUUCACAUAAUUGAAACCUUUUUCAGGUCCAUAUUUCGGAACUCAUUUCCUCAUGUGUGGCUGCAAAUUCGAACUCGCAAAGCCUGAAUCUUAUCUCUUUGGAGAUAAUUCUGACUUAGAUCAACUUGGCACAAGAGCAAUUCAAUUCCCACAUCCAAUUGGGCCACCAGGAAGUGACGAGAUCCGUCCACUUAAUCUCAAAGUUAAUUGUCGUAAGGAGACUGUCCGAUUCUCAAGGUACAUCUUUUGAUUGUGUACUUCUAAUAUCCAGAAAAAAUCUUUCAGACCAAAGAACUUCAAAGGAGGAUUUGAGGAAGAUGUUUAUGUCUUGUGUUUCACAUUUGAUUGUGAUGUUGAUUGUAUUAUUACUGUUCAUAUGUUUGCUAAAGAAGCAUAUGUUAAUGGACAGCCAACGUGAGUUUUUCAUGGAAGUUUUACUCGGUCAGAAAACGGCGAGGUCGCUACCGAUCGGGGCGGAGUCGCUACACGUUUCGGGCGACUGGCCCGAGGCACUUCGGGCAAGCGUGGGGCGACUCGCUCGAGAUUGUAGCGACUUGCCCUGUUUUCGCCCCGUUAUUCAGCAACUCGCCCGGAACACGCUAAAUUUGCGGCAAGUUGCCCGGAACUCGCCACUUUUGAGGCGCGCUUGGGGCAACUCGCUGCAAAACGAGUCUCGACAAAAAGUGUAGCGAGUCGCCCCGAGCUAUGUCGUUUUUCGGCCGAGUAGUUUCCUAUUAAAAUUAUUUAUUUCAGAAUUGUUCAUCGUAACAAUCGUCAAUAUACAUCGGAAGAUUAUGAUUUCAGUCCAGGAGCAAAUCAAAUCUUCUGUCAUCAUAUUGUUGAUGCAACACCAUUUGAUCUUUCACAGGUUUGUGCAUAAAAAAUAAAAGAGCUCUCAUAAUAAAAAUAUUUUUUGUAGCUUCAAUACACUUCUGGUUUCUAUUUCCCACUUGUUAUUGCGAUGCGUACAUUGGGAACAGAAAAUGUUCAAAUGCAAACAACAUUGUGUACAUUGGAUCCAACAAAUGAUCCAAAUACGGUUCUUGCUGUGAAACCACUUCGACAAAAAGUGUCGGUCGAUGGAGUUGUAUUUCUUCUUCAAGAAAUCUUUGGGAUUGAAAAUAAGGAGCAUGAUGGUGAUGAUAGUGGACUUGAAUGCAUUAUUUGUAUGUCAGAAGUCAGAGAUACUGUUAUUCUUCCAUGCCGUCAUUUGUGUCUCUGCAGCAAUUGUGCUGAUACUUUGCGAUACAAAUUGAAUAAUUGCCCGAUUUGUCGUGCACCAUUUCGUGCAUUGAUUAGACUUCGUGCAGCUCGUCAAACUAGACAUCAAGUUUAUGAAACGAUUAGUUUGGUUGAAGGAUUGAAUGGGUCGAAUGGAGGAGCUUCGAGAUCAAGUGAUGGGGAAGAAACAAGACCAAAUGUUGAGGCGCCAAGAAGUAAACCAGCUAGGAAAGAACCUUUAUCUCGAUUUGAACCAGGAGAGUAUGAAGGAUUGACACCACUUCAAGUUUUGCAGAUGGAUGAACUUGAAGAUGAUAAAAUUCUUGCAGCUGAAUGUAUCGAGAUGGCUUAUUUGAAAAAUGAGGAAUUCAUUAGAAAAGAGGUAGGGCUCUGAAAUCUUUUGAAAUAUUAAAACUUUCCACAAAGUUAUCUCAAGUCCCAAUUUCAUUUUUUCCAGCAAGAAGCUCAAAAUGCAAAAGCCAAUGAAGGUUUUUCAAAUGAUUCCUCUUCGUCAGAGGAAACUCAAACUGAAGCUGAAACUGAAACUGAAGCCGAAGCAGCAGCUGAAACAAAAAUCGAUGCACCUGAAAAUGUACAAACUACUGAAAAUGAAGAAGAUGAUGAAAAUGAAGAGGAGGAAAAAGAGAAAGAGGCAUUGCAAGAGCGUAGAAAAUCACUCCAACCAGGCUCUCAAAAUUCGUCAUCUCAACUUCUCGAACAUUCCAAAUGA